UAUAUCAGAGCUGGGUGAAGAAGAGAAGUCUCUGUGUGUGUUAUCAGCAGGGCUGUUGUAUAAGUAACCCUGCAGCUCUUUAUUAUUUAAACACUGUAUUUAAUUUAAUAAUAAUAAUAAUUAUUAUAUAAUAGCUGCAGCUCCUCCACCACCAUGCUCUCCGCCAGACGGGCUUUAGGACUCGCUGUUAGCAGGCUGUCGGCGGGCUGCGCUCCGCGGCGGGGCUGUGCUGGAGCGGUUCCGGUGGAUGAUAUCGUUAACGGGCUCACAGAGGAGCAGAUCCAGCUCAGACAGACAGUUCAGAGGUUCUGUUCGGAAAAGCUCGCCCCCUUCGCUGAUGAAAUUGACAAGACAAAUGAUUUUCCACGAAUGAGGGAGUUUUGGAAGGAGGCAGGUGAACUGGGACUGCUUGGAAUCACAGCUCCAGUGGAGUACGGAGGCACGGGAUUGGGCUAUCUGGAUCAUGUGAUCGUGAUGGAGGAGAUGUCUCGGGCGUCUGCGGCGAUUGCUCUCAGUUAUGGAGCUCAUUCUAAUCUCUGUAUUAAUCAGCUGGUGCGACACGGAAACACGAAACAGAAAGAGAAGUACAUGCCCAAGUUGAUUACAGGAGAACACGUCGGUGCUUUGGCCAUGAGUGAACCCAACUCUGGAUCUGAUGUCGUGUCCAUGAAGCUCACGGCGAGGAACGAGGGUGACCACUAUGUGCUGAAUGGUAAUAAGUUCUGGAUCACGAACGGUCCAGAUGCCGACGUGCUCAUCGUUUAUGCGAAGACGAGCCCCGAGGCGGCAGCCCGAGGCAUCUCUGCCUUCAUCGUGGAAAAGGGGACGCCGGGAUUUAGCACAGCGCAGAAGCUGGAUAAGUUGGGAAUGAGGGGAUCAAAUACUUGUGAGCUGGUCUUUGAGGACUGCAAGGUUCCAGCGGAGAACGUGUUGGGGCCGCUGAAUAAGGGGGUGUACGUGCUGAUGAGUGGAUUAGACCUGGAGAGGCUGGUGCUCUCAGCUGGACCAAUAGGUAUUAUGCAGGCUGUGCUGGACCACGCUAUUCCCUACCUGCACGUUCGAGAAGCGUUCGGGCAGAAGAUCGGCCUGUUCCAGCUGAUGCAGGCAAAAAUGGCUGAUAUGUACACCCGGCUGAGCUCCUGCCGGCAGUAUGUGUACAACGUCGCACGCGCUUGUGACAAAGGCCACUUCAGCGCCAAGGACUGUGCUGGAGUAAUCCUUUAUUGUGCUGAAAACGCCACUCAAGUAGCCCUGGACGGAAUUCAGUGCCUGGGUGGAAACGGUUAUAUUAAUGAUUACCCAAUGGGCCGAUUCCUCAGAGACGCUAAGCUGUACGAGAUCGGCGCCGGCACCAGCGAGGUCCGGAGGAUGGUCAUCGGCAGAGCUUUCAACUCCAUGUUCAAAUAAAACCUCAACCAAGCUGCUCCUCAAUGCCUUAAAUACAGGAUACUACUCUAAUAAUCUGAUAAAAAUGAGAUUUAACAGUGCGUGAAUCUGUCUGAUGGGUGUUUUAGAACUCAAUUAAAAUUUAAGAAAUGAAUGGGUAAAAAGGAGGUUUUUAUUUAUUUUAUUUUCAACCUAAUCUGUAUCACAACUGUAUCGUCGAUUCUCACAGAUCAUACUUUUAAUGCAUUUUCCUUUAUAGUAGGAAAGGAAGCAUUAACUUAAAAAAAAAAAACUAAUAAGAAUAAGUCAUUUUAUUUAUUAAAGUAUUUUUUGAGCAUUAUUGUUCCAUGAGAUGAUGAUUUUUAUGAUUUUGAGGCUGGUUCACACUAUUCAGAUUUUUUUUUUUGCAACACUACAUUAUUGAGGAUCAGAAUCAGAAUCAAAAUAUAUAAUAUUAAUCCCAGAGGGAAAUUGCAGUUGUUACAGUUGCACCCUUUUAUGUACAAAAAAAAACACGCCUAUUAUUAUUAUUAUUGCACCUAUGAUUAUUAUAGUCAUUUAUUAAAAGAUUGCACGAAAAAAGGCUACAGUACAGGUUCCACCACCAAUUCCUCCAUCGGGAAAUGUAUUUACAUCUCUAAAAUAAGUUAAAUACAAUAAUUAAACACAUUUACAGCUCGAUUUUCUCUUCAUUAAGCUGUAAAUCUAUUUAUAUCUGUUUUAUAUUUUUAUAAAAUAUGGCUACUGAUGGAAAACUGCAACUGGCCAAUGGGGUGUGUUCCUUUUUAACUACAUUUAAAUGCAUUAAAACUUUGCCAGUGAUAAUUGAGGAUAUAGUAGAUAGAGAUUAGGUUGAAAAUCAUUAAAACAUUCAUUUAUUUCACAGAUUUCCAGCCUUUUUCUGACACGUUUCUGUGUUUUCUAUUGCAGUGAUCACCAGCCUUUGUUCCUGCAGAUUUUUACUGUAAACCUGAUCGAUUCACAUUUGAUCCGUCUAAUAUUUUAUUUUUGAAGUCCUUAAUGAUCUAAAUGAAGUGUGUUUGAUUCAGUUUGGAGGAUUUGGUGACGACUCAUCUAUUUCUUGUCUUCCGUACAUGCUGGGAAAUGCUCUGAAUUACUGAGUUCCCACUUAAUAAAGACAAUAAGCUCUAUUCUGUAAAAAUAAAUACAAAAAAUAACCAUUUGUUUAAAAUUCUCCUCAAAAUAGGUUGAAGUUACGUUUUGUCCUCUUUUUUUCUCGUCUUGGGAGUUUCUGUAGUAGGAAAUCAUGCAUACGGGGAAUAAUGACCAUUCAGUGGUGUAUUUACCGUAAUAUGAUUGUUAGUUGUAAACAAUUUUGUAUAAUAUCACACAUUUAAUGUAUUUUAUGUAGCUAAAUCUGAAAAAAUAGUUUGAAGUCACGUCGGUUGCAUAUUUAACAUAUUAAUCUUUUGUGUAGAAUAAAAAAUGCUUUCUUUGUCUUCA